UCCUACCUGGAAGCUUCGCUCUCUAAUGCAACAACAACUUCGAGCUUCGAAAAAGUUUCGAUAAUCACAACUGUAAACAUUGUGAAAACAUUUUUCAAUUCCUUGUUUUAAUAACGAGUAUUUCGGCGUAUUCUGUGGUGACGCAAACGGACCUAUGAAAAGCAAACUGGGAAACGAGUUGACGACCAGCGAACGGUUCGUCGGUGACUUGCCGGUGACGGACUCCCAGGCGUCGAAGCGAACCUCGCGACGGGAGUCGAUGGCGCCCAAGAUCGUGGUGUGCCCGCCCGUGGAGGAGAUGUCGGAGCCGGCCAAGCCCCGUGGCGCGCGGAUCCUGCAGGCGCUGAGCAAGCGCCUGAGCCGCCGCUCCACCGACGCCGAAUCCCUCGGCAGCUCCAGCAGCAGCGACAGCGUGUCGUGUGAGGCCGGCCGGCCGGAGGAGCACUCAUGCUCCACCAGCGACUCCGGCAGCGACGGCUCCGAGCGCCACCGCCGACAUCAUUCCACGGUCUCCCUCCGGCGGGUGUUUAAGAACCUCAACCUCACGAGCAGAUCGCAGUCGACGUCCCCGGUGGACCGACAGCGGCAGCCGAAGAAGCAGGCCCAACCCAAGCGCAUCCUCCGCUCCCCGGUCACGUACACGUACGUCCGAGGCCUGUCGGGCCUGCCGACCCAGCGGGUACCCCGGCAGACGGUGUGCUGCGGCUCCAUGGGGCUGAACCGAUAAACUGGCCGGUGGGGGGUGACGAGCCGAUUCUAGACGAAAACGGAAGACUGGAAAAGACUAAUGAAGGUAGUCUAAGAAUCGCUAGCGAAGUGUUCUCAUCAUAUCAGUAGGAGUGAAGAUCGGGCGAUCGUUUUCGCCGAGGACCAAGAAACUAGAAGCUGAGAUAAACACAGGGCCGUGAAGCAACCGUCGUUUGACUCUGCGCUCAACUUAAGAAAAAUUCAAGACUGUGCAGUUUUAGUAGAUGGUCCGAGCAUAGUUUAAUUUGACGUAAAAUAUAAGUUAGGUUUCGAAUAAAUCUCUUUUGAUCACUUGAACUUACGUUACAUUUUAUAGCUUGAAUUGAAAAGUGUGGUAUUUGUGAUGGUCAUAAACCUCCGCGUGUUGGAUUUUCCCAAACAAGAAUAGUGCCUUUCCAUAAGAAGUAGUCUUAUAGUAGUAUUAAUAUUAAGUACAACAGAGUAAUCGUACACCGUCUUAUGUAUUAUAUCCUAAUGUUCUAAAAACAUGUAUUGAAUAGCACCUAGAUAACGAUACGUUUGGCAUUACUGAGGCAUAUAAUAGUGACUUUGAAGCAGUAGAUAAGUUUUAGUUUUGACGGGUUCCCAUUUAAACCUGUCAAAAUUUAAAAUUAUUUAUCUGUCUGAAAAUGUAACAUAAUAUUAGUAUUGGUAAAAUUGUUUGUAAACUGAACACCCUUUUAAAGUUAAGUGUUUACUUUACACCUAAAAUAUAUUCUUGAUUUCCAUCACCAUAGAAAAUGUUUUAAAAUAAUUGUUACUUAAAUAUAU